AUGGCGGCGGGCAUGUCUGCACCGUAUGCUCAGGCGCUGCUGGAUAGAAUGGUGGCUUUCCCGGAAGGUUCCGUGAGCACAGACACGUUGCCGAACAGGUCGCGAAAGCUGAAGCUGCCGAGUCCACCCUGUAGAUACAAGGUGGUUUCCAUGUCCCUGGGUGGUCAGGGCCUUUCAGGUGUGAGCUUAGCUGGAGAGGAGUUGUUUCUGCUUCCAGAAGAGCAGCUGGCUGCUGAUAUGCUGCUGGGUCAAGUAUUGGAAGAGAUCGCGGGGCUUCUGCACAUCGAUGCGGCCGGCCUGACCUGUGUACGGGAUGAGAAGACAAUCGGGGUCGAGACGACUUGGCAGGAUGUGAAGGAAGCUCUUCCAGAAACAAUGUUGAAAAUGGACCUGAACCACCACGAUGUGUUCCCGUUGGUUUGCAGGAAGUCCGAUGCGCGCUUCUUGGAACUUCCUUUGGGUGAAGGCCAUGUCCGAAACGAGGAUGCCAGAUUCCGCGAUCUGCAAGCCACAGUGCAAGUCAUUGAAGACUAUCGGCGCUUUGUGACGCGAGCGCAGGACAAUGGCAAUCACCACCUCUUGCAUUAUGGCAGGGCCGGAGUUCUUGCUAAUAGGAUAACUCCAGCCCUCAGAGGCGACCUCUUCAUUCCAAUUGGCUACUUUCCCAUGGCCCCGGUUUGGCAGAUGCCCCCGGAUGCCAAGCGGUGGGGUCAGAAACUGGAUGUUUGGAGCUGCACGACGAGCCUUCCUGAGAUCAAGAGCCUGCUGGAUGCCCACGCUGAGAAGACGAAUGAUCGGCCCAUACCCCGCUACCAGAUGAUUGUGGAUCCCAACCAAUUUGUUCGUGAGACGGAGGAAGGGCCCGUCUGGGUCCCCUGUGAGUUUGAUGUGGAUGCAGAUGGCGCUGCCCACUUGGUUGGAGGCUCUCGCAGCCACCGCAAUCCCGGCUUGGCCGCUAGGGUGGCGCAACCUGUCUUGGAGGCCGCGCUUCCGUUACUCGCCAAACUCCGGCGUCCGCAGCUGCUGCUGGACAACCGUCGAAUCCAGGUGGUGUUCAAGGCCCAGCGCAUCAUCGUGCCUGCAACUGUGUCGAAGGGUUCGGAUUCGGAGUACGUUGGCCUUUGGCAUGUUGACGGCUGCCGCGAGCAUAUCGCCGCGGUGGUCCUGUAUUACUACCAUGUGGAUGAGAAUUUGGAGGGCGGCGCCAUGGAGUUCUGCGGUCGAGAGCCUUUAGAUGUCCUGGGCUGGGGAGACUGCAGCAACAACUACUACAAGCUGACAAAAGAAGGCCUACGUGCAGCCCUGCGGACAGACGAGACAAAGAGUGUGGAGAACUGCCGUGUGCCCAUCUCUACGGGCCGCCUUCUAGUUUUCUCCAAUUACCAGGUGGCCCACCGAGUUCUCCGGAUGGUGAACCGCGGAGCUGCAGAGGCCUCGCGGGACUUCGUGGCCCUUUUUCUGGUGGACCCGGCGAAGCCCCUAGUUCCAGCGAGGUCAGUGCUCUCGGAAUCAGCGCUGCUUGCCAGGACGCUUGCCACAGCUCUGUAUGGAACACCACAGCCGUCAGGGAAGGCAUUUGAAGUCCUCCGCAUCCUGCAGUUCCUGGGUGUGCUGCGCACCACCAGCGAUGCCAGGCGUUUGCGGAACUCGCUCCUUCGGGAACAGCUACAGCCUUCUGGAGAGUUCUGCGGCAACAGCAGUGUG